AUGCAGUCUGAGAGAGCUCAGAGUUCCAUUACACUGCAGAGCAACCCAAACACAAAGAAAAUAGAAGAAGAGGGGCAGGUGUAUUUUGAGAUAUAUACAAAGGAUGGAUUUGCUAGGAGCAUUUCAUCUCCGGUCCCUCUUACAAAAUCGCACAUACUGCCAGGCCGAUUCAUUAGGAUGCUUGAUACAGACGAUGCUCCAGAUAUUUUCUCAAAAACCCGCAUACUGUACAGUAUAAGCAGCAACAGGAAUUCACAUGUAUUUCUGGGCGUACACACAAGCACACAGCAGCAAAUGGUUAUUAAAAUCAUUAGCACAAGAAUUCCAGAAAAUCAGAGCCAAGCAAAGAAUGAAACACAGAUUCUUCCACUUCUCAGACACAAGAGCAUCAUAAAGUACAUUGGAGCAAAGACCUUCCUGAGCACAGUCACCAUAUAUUUAGAGUACUUCAAAGGAACAGACUUAUUCUUUCUUAUAAAGAAAAAUAAGAUACUUCCAGCUGGGCUUGCAUUGAAGAUCUUUAGAGAGCUUGCAGAUGCCAUAAAGUACUUGCAUGUAAACAGGAUAUGUCAUCUGGAUAUUAAGCCAGAAAAUAUCAUGAUAAAUAGCAGGAUGCAAAUUAAGCUGAUAGACUUUGGUCUAGCACAGAAGUCAUUGAAGAAUGGCUUAGUUGAGUCGUAUGGUGGCUCCAUAAAUUAUGCGUCCCCAGAGGCCCGGAAAGGAGGAGUGUAUAAUGGAUUUCUGGCAGACUCCUGGUCAUGCGGGGUGGUUCUGUUUGUCAUGGUUAAUGGGUUCUUUCCAAGUUCCUGCCGAACACCCUCUCUUCCGCAUGUUCCUGUGAAGAUAAUUCAAAUUAUUCAGAAAUUGCUUGCUAUUUCCCCUGAGGCAAGAUCACCAAUCUGUUCAUUGGAUUUAGAAUAA